GGCCUCUUGCCCUGAGCCAAGAUGGCGGCGCGGGCAGCGCGCCCGCCCGCGCGGGGCAUGCCGGGGCGGGACGGGGGAUUCCCCAGCGCGUGCAGCGGCGGCGGGCGCCGAGCGGGAGGGGGCCCAGGCGUCCGGGGCCUUGCUGUGACCUCUAGCGGCUGCUGCCCCCCUUCCCUGCUGAGGGCCCAGGCGUCCGGGCGCCGCCCCCAUCACCGAGGACCCAGGCGUCCGGGCGCCGCUGCCGAGGGCCCAGGCGUCCGGGACGGCCAUGGCGGAGGAGCUGGAGCCGCUGCUGGAGGCGCCGCUCUCCGAGGGCUUCCUCGACCUCUGGAACAUGCUCCCUGAUAACAUGCACUCGCUGCCCCUCCCUGAUGAGCCGCCCCCCUGGGAGCCGUCGGCCCUGGCGCUGCCCCCCGCGGUGCCCACUGCGGCGGCGGCGGUGGCCCCCCCACGGGACCCCGGCGUCCGGGCCCCCCCGCUGGUGCCCUCCACCGAGGACUACGGCGGCCGCUACGACUUCCGCCUCGGCUUCCUGCAGUCCGGCACCGCCAAGUCCGUCACCUGCACCUACUCGCCGGAGCUGAACAAGCUGUACUGCCAGCUGGCCAAGCCCUGCCCCGUGCAGGUGCGCGUGGGGGCCCCGCCGCCCCCCGGCACCCGCCUCCGCGCCGCCGCCGUCUACAAGAAGUCGGAGCACCUGGCCGAGGUGGUGCGUCGCUGCCCCCACCACGAGCGCUGCGGCCCCCCCGGCGACGGCCUGGCCCCGGCCCAGCACCUCAUCCGCGUCGAGGGCAACCCCCAGGCCCGCUACCACGACGACGAGACCACCAAGCGCCACAGCGUCUCGGUGCCCUACGAACCGCCGGAGGUGGGCUCGGACUGCACCACGGUGCUCUACAACUUCAUGUGCAACAGCUCGUGCAUGGGGGGUAUGAACAGGCGGCCGAUCCUCGCCAUCCUCACCCUGGAGGACCCCGGGGGGGAGCUGCUGGGGCGCCGCUGCUUCGAGGUCCGGGUCUGCGCCUGCCCCGGCCGCGACCGCAAGACGGAGGAGGAAAACUUCCGGAAGAAGGGCGGGGCCAAGGGCGGGGCCAAGCGAGCACUGACACCCCCAGCUGAGGCCCCCGAGAGCUCCAAGAAGCGGGUGCUGAGCCCCGACGCUGAGGUCUUCCUCCUGCAGGUGCGGGGCCGCCGCCGCUACGAGAUGCUGAAGGAGAUCAACGAGGCGCUGGAGGCGGCCGAGGGCGCCGGGCGCCCGCCCAGGCCGGUGAAGGCCCGCCGCGAGCGGGGGGAGGGGCCGCUGCCCCACUCGGGCAAGAAGCUGCUGGUCAAGGGCGAAGCCGCCGACUCCGACUGACAGGCUCCGCCCCCCCGCGCCUGGCCACGCCCCCUGCCGCGCAGACCACGCCCCGGGCCGGGCCGGGCCACGCCCCCCUCCCUGUGCUCACUGCUGCCCCUGUGUGGCUCUGUUCCUGCCACGCCCCUGUGCCGUUAAGCCACGCCCCUGCCCUCUUAGCCACGCCCCCGCCCUCUUAGCCACGCCCCUGCCUAGCUGUGCCCCUUGCAUGCUAAUGUUCCACCCUAGCCCCGCCCCCUGAUGCUAAGCCCCGCCCUCCUCACUGCUUCGCCCCCCCCCCCCCGCAAUGUUCUGUUCCUGCCCUGCUGUCCCUGCUGGCUCCGCCCCCUGGGCGCGAAGCCCCGCCCCCUCGGCGAAGCUCCACCCCCUGCACUCCCCCCCCCCCGCGCGAUUUUUUUAAGCUUUUUUUAUACAAUAAACUGCCUCGUUUUGUACCGCC